AUGUCAAGUGUCAAUACAACAUCAAUAACAACAACUGAACCAUCAAGAGCAGCUUUGAUUGCUGCUCACUAUUCCUUAGCGUUGGUUAUUGUUGGUACUUUACUCAAUAUUUUAACAUUUAUUGUUCUUUGUCGAUCAACAUUCAGAAACACAAAAACAAGACCAACACUUCAUUAUAUGAGAGCAAUGGCUAUCUUUGAUAUUCUCAUGUUAUAUGGAUGGAAUAUUGAUCAUUAUCUUGCUACUAUGCAUGGGUUUACUAUUCAAAAAUUAAAUAUACCUUUCUGCAGAUUUUUUUCAUUUCUUAAUUAUUUUGCUGCUCAAUCAUCAGCUUGGCUUCGUGUUUUUGUGUGUUUGGAUCGAUAUUUAUCAUUGAGUCGUCUUCAUCGAACAUGGUUCAGUCAAUCAAAGAACAUUCUUAUCAUAAUAGCGUGCAUUAUGGGCAUUCUUUUGCUGCUCAACUUUCAUUUUUUUCUUUUUGUUUGCUAUUAUACAGCAGAUGGCACAUUUUCUCUGUAUUCUUGGGCAUAUGAAAUAUAUCCACUAUGGGAUUAUAUUAAUUUAGGAGUAUACAAUUGUGCACCAUUUCUAUUGAUGGUUACAUUCAAUAGUGGUGUUAUUUAUCAUUUAAUUCGUCUUCGUCAUACAAGUACUAUUCAAAAUUCCCGCAUUCAACACCGAUCUAUCUCAAUUACAUUGGUUAUUACAACAUUUCUCUUCUUAAUUAUGACUAUACCAGCUACUGUAGGCUUUGCAUUUUUUAUCUCAUCAGACAUUACUCUUCUGAGGUUUUUCGAUGGCUUGCUCUAUACUUAUCAUAUAUUAUCAUUUCCAUUGUAUAUGAUUACAUUUGAUGAGUUUCGACAAGAAUUUUUUGCAAUGAUUAUGUGUAAAACACACAAUCACAGAAUUGCACCGCAAACACGAACUGGUACCGUACCACAAACUUUGUAUACAAUCAAAAGUAUGACCAAUACUUAA